UGCAGCUUCAAAUGCAAGAAGAUGCAUGACGUGAUUGUCGGGAUCGUUUGGGCAUUAUUGACUGCCAUCUCGGUACUGAUCCAAACCAAUGCCCAGUCAGUAUCGGAGCGUGAAUGCGCAACUGGCGUUCAUGCCAUUAUCGCGAGAGGUCAGGGCGGAGGCGAUCAUCUAAAUGUCCUGAGCACUCUAUCAGAUCUGAUUCUGCAACAAAUACCCGGAUCGACAACCCUCGGCUUACCCUAUGAUCACGAAAACGUCUUAACGGAUGACCAGAAGCGGCAUACGGUCUUUGAGGGGGCAGUGUUGAUGCAGGAAUACGUGGAGGAGUACGUGGAAAGCUGUCCCCGGUCUAAGAUUGCGGUGGUUGGAUAUUCAAUGGUGCGCCACUGUCAACUGACAUGUGAAGGUGCAAUCAUUAUGAUGGAUUCCUUGUGCGGCACCAGUCAGAUUGGAUUCAUCUUUGUCGGCCCUCUUUCGCCAAUCUACACCUCCAUUAUCGUAGCUGCGAUUGCGUAUGGCGAUGAGUCGUAUGUUCCUGGAAUGCCAUGGAAUGUGGGGAACUGCACAUUGGGUAUAGGCAUCACGCCCCGGAUGAACUCGGCCUUGUGUGAGCCAUUUGCUAGCUCAAUACACAGCUAUUGUGAUUACGGUGACAAUCAAUGCUGCUCGCCAUACCCAGACGAUGGCAAUGCUGCACACCAUGCCUACGUAUCAAAAUACAAUCAGAACGUUGUGGACUUCAUCAAACACCGUUUGGCCACAGUUGCGAAAUAG